AUGUCCAGCUCUACCGUGUACGUCACCAAGGUGUUCUCGGUAGUGUCUGUCACCACGGUGUUCUCGGUAGUGUACAUUACCAAGGUGUUCUCGGUAGUGUACGUCACCAAGGUGUUCUCGGUAGUGUACGUCACCAAGGUGUUGUCGGUAGUGUCCGUCACCAAGGUGUCCUCGGUAGUGUCUGUCACCACGGUGUCCUCGGUAGUGUACAUUACCAAGGUGUUCUCAGUGGUGUACGUCACCACCGUGUUCUCGGUUGUGUACGUCACCAAGGUGUUCUCGGUGUUCUCGGUAGUGUACGUCACCAAGGUGUUCUUGGUUGUGUACGUCACCCAGUUGUUCUCGGUAGUGUACGUCACCGAGGUGUUCUCGGUAGUGUACGUCACCAAGGUGUUGUCGGUAGUGUCUGUCACCACGGUGUCCUCGGUAGUGUACGUCACCAAGGUGUUCUCAGUGGUGUACGUCACCACCGUGUUCUCGGUUGUGUACGUCACCAAGGUGUUCUCGGUAGUGUACGUCACCAAGGUUGUCAAGGUUGUCUUCCUCCAACCAGCCAUGUGUGGAUCGCUACAACGCACCGCUCUUCUCCUGUUGGCACUUGAUACAACUGUUGUAGCAGCUGGGGCACAGACCGCCUUCAUCCUGACUGCAUCCCCUACUUCAGGCAAAGACGGGGACGUGGUCACACUGUCGUGCAGCCACCGAGAUAGGGCAGCACUGGGGUUUGUGACCUGGAUUGUCUCCAUACAGAAUGACAGCGUCUCCACUAUAUCCUCGAUCCUACCUACACAACGACCUACAACAACAGCAGUAACAGCAUCAUCAUCAUCAACAACCGCCACAGCAGCAGGGUUGACCAUCAACGUUGCUUCCAUACAAAAUGACAGCGUCUCCAGUACUUCAUCGAUCCUUUCAACACAACAACCAACAACAGCAUCACCAUCAUCAACAACAACAGCAGCAGAGGUGACCAUAAACGAUGACGGGACCGACACACCUACUAAGGUAUCUUUGCCUUCUACUGACACAGCAGCGACAGUGACGACACCCCCUGCUACAACGUCUCGGAGUAAAGAUGACGGAGGACCCGGCAUGAUCUACAUAGUUGUUGGUUCAUCCCUUGCUUCAUCCUUCAUCCUCAUCACUCUGGCAGCUGUGUGUCUGGUCAGACGGAACAGUGAGUAUACUUCAGUCGUAUCUUAAACACGAUCAAAUGGAGUUCAGAUAUAAAUAUACUC